AUGUCUCUGAGCAACCACACGGGUUACUCCGGUUCUCCCAACACGACCAGUGACGCCCCGACGAACCACGGUGCGCCCGAAAAGCGGUAUCGAGCAACUUCCAGCGACCGCACCACCCCUGGCGAUGCUUCCCCCGCUCCGAAACGCCAGGAAAUCGACUUUGUUCCCACCAUGGGCGGUCUAGCCCCGGAGCUCUCCCCACCCCUGUACGAUCGAUCUCUCCAGGCCUUGCCUUUCCUAAAACUUCCCGCUGAGGUGCGCAACAUGGUGUACGACCUGGCUUCAGAAGAAUCAAUCAAACAGAAAGAUGGCGACUAUUCACCUCCAAGGCUCACGAAACGAGGCAAACGGCAAACAUCUGCGGGUCCCUUUUUCUCUUCUCGGCGGGUCUUCCACGGUUUGACCCAGGUCUGUCGUCAAUUGCGCGCCGAGUUCCGGCCGCUGUACAUUGAACGCAACGAGGUCUGCGUGCGAGCCGACGAAAGUGUCGAGUACAUCAGUAUGAUGUGGAAAUUGGCAGUAGAGGGCGCCCCUGCUCGGCGCCUCACAGCACGAAUUGCUGCUGAUGUCAGCUCGGGUAUUCGCAACGAUGUCCUUCCCAUGCUCAGGCUCUGCAGCACUUUCAUGACUAUGUCGGCGCGUUUCUUCAGCCCUUGGUUUCACUCAAUGUCCCGUGGGGAGUAUGAGGUCGUGAAUGAGGACCUUAAAUCCAUGUUCACGGAUGACUGCAGCGAAUGGUUGAGCCUGUACGACGAGCAUCUUACCGAGGUCAGGGUGGAAGUACCUCAAGGCUUUCCCCUGGUUACAUUCUACUUUAAGCAGGGCUUUCACUCUGAAAACAUGGUCGAAAUGUGCCAUGGGCGACGCUACAAAUAUACCAUGAUGAUUUUCAGUACGAUUGAGGAGAACGGAAGGACUUCCGAGGUGAGCACCCCUUUCUCGUGGCUCGCAAACAGUAUGAGCUUGGUCGAUUUCCUUGAGGAGAUAGCGCGACGUAGGUGGCACGAUCGUGGCAUGCAUGAUUUUGAUGAUUGGUAUGGCGGGCUCGGGAAUCGUCGAGUUGUCUCUAAAGGUCCAGCGUCAGGGUUGAGCUCGUGA